AUGGCGGCCAUUUGGAAAUCAAUCCGUCGUCUGGUGAGCGUGAAGCGGAAGACGAUUUACGAUGAUCUCGAUGAGCUGGACGAGAAGCGUGUCCCAUGGCCGAGCCAGUGGCGGCUGCCGCGGGUGCGAAGGGUCAGCAUGUUUCUGUUCCUUGCCGAUUUCAUGAUCUUCGGCAUCCUCAUCUAUCUCUUCGAGCCACUCAUCACCUUGCUCGUCCGCAACGAAGAGCUUUUUGGUGCCCGAUUCUCGCUGGCGGCCAGCGAAAACGCCACGCUCUACGCCUCCUACGGCAACGACCGCAUGGAAAUCCCCAAAAUUCUUCACCAGACCAGCGCGACGGCAAAUGUGCCUGACUCCUGGAUCGGCCCGCAGCAGAGCUGCAAGGACGCCUACAGCGCGUUUGAGUACAAGCACUGGACCGACGAUCUGGCACGCGCCUUUAUUUCCAUUGAAUACCCCUGGUUCCUCGAUAUGUGGGACGGCUAUGUCUUUCCCAUCCAGCGCGCUGACGCGAUCCGCUACUUUGUUUUGCACCACUUUGGCGGGAUCUACCUCGACAUGGACACGCUCUGCAAGGAGCCCUUCCCCGUCGACAAGAUCGACACCGGCGGCGGGCACUAUGUUCUGUUCAAGUCGACGACGCCCACCGGCAUCACCAACGACUUUAUGGUCUCCACCGCCGGCCACCCGGCCUUCACCAACGCCAUCGCCAAGCUGCCCGUCUACUACAGACUGACGCGGACCUGGGCGAAAAUGGAGCCGUACGUCGCCAUCAUGAUGUCAUCCGGGCCGCUCUUCUUGACCCUCGUCGUCAAGGACUAUCUGCUCAAGCUGCCGGUUUUGCCGACGCCUACGGUGGAGGUCGUCACUCCGCCAGCGCUGUCGGCCUUCAUCACCGACCUCGAGGCCAGCUCCUGGCACAGGAGCGACACGCACAUCCUCAUGUGGAUGGGCGAGCGGCCAUGGACCUGGUACACGCUGGGUGUUCUGGGCCUUCUCAUCGGCGUCAACCUGCUCAAUCGGAUACUUCUGCUGCUUUGCAAAGUGCCACGCAAACUGGUCUCGGUGGCCUACACCCUGAAGAUCUUCAAAUAG